GCGGCGAUGGAGGCAGGCGACGUGCACAAGGUCUGGGAGAUCCGCGCCCUCAAGCGAAAGCCCGACGAGCCCUCCGCCCGCGCGCUGCUCGACCGCAUCGCCAAGCAGGUCCAGCCCAUCAUGCGCCGCCGCAAGUGGCGCGUCAAGGUCCUCUCCGAGUUCUCGCCGAAGAACCCUAGCUUGCUGGGGCUCAACGUCAACAGGGGCGCCGAGGUGAAGCUGCGGCUGCGGCCGGACGGUCGGGACAACGACUUCAUACCCUACGAGGAGGUGCUCGACACCAUGCUCCACGAGCUCGCCCACAACGCGCGCGGUCCCCACGACGCCCAGUUUUACAAGCUCUGGGACGAACUCCGCAAGGAGUGUGAAGAACUUAUUUCAAAGGGUAUCACUGGACCAGGACAAGGGUUUGAUGGUACAGGCAGGAGAUUAGGUGGAUUUUCAGUACAUCCACCACCACCAUCUCUCCGGCAAGCUGCAUUAAGUGCUGCACAGAAACGGGCAAGGAAUGGAGCUUUAUUGCCAUCUGGCCCAAGAAAGCUGGGUGGAAAUAGUGAUAUUAUGAGCGCGCUGAGUCCAGUACAAGCUGCUGCAAUGGCUGCUGAAAGGAGAAUGCAAGAUGACCUGUGGUGUGGAUCACAUAACCAAUCUGGUAUUGAUGAUUCAGAAGAUGUUAUUAUUCUUGAGAAACCACCUAACUUCACAGCAAGGGAUAGAAAACGCACAAAAGCUGGAAAAAACACAAAGGCUGUGUUUUCGAGCGGUUCUGCAGAGUCCAGCACUUCAUCUCGAUCUCAAGUUACAGCACCAGAGGAUUCCUCUUCUUGUAGGACAACUGACGCGGGCAUCAGUUCUUUGUGGGGGUGUAGUGCUUGCACUCUUCUAAAUCAGCCUCUGGCACCAAUAUGUGAAGUUUGUGGAACAGCGAAACCUAAAAUUGCAAAAGCCAAGUACGCAACUUGGUCCUGUAAAUUCUGUACUCUAGAGAACAGCGUUCAGCUUGAGAAAUGUUCGGCAUGCACUCAAUGGAGAUACUCAUAUGGACCACCUGGGGUCACAUAUGGUUCAAGCUAUGAUUGACAUUCAUUGAAAGCUACAAUAAUACGGAUCACACUUUUGGUCAGGCAGCUGCUGCAUUGUCUAUAAACUGUCUU